AUGGAGCGGGUGAGCGAGGCCGCCGCCUGCGGCCCCUCGUCGGGCUGCUACACCUACCAGGUGAGCCGGCACAGCGCCGACGUGCUGCACAGCCUCAACCAGCAGCGCAAGAACGGCGGCCGCUUCUGCGACGUGCUCCUACGCGUGGGCGACGAGAGCUUCCCGGCGCACCGCGCCGUGCUGGCCGCUUGCAGCGAGUACUUCGAGUCGGUGUUCAGCGCGCAGCUCGGCGACGGGGCAAGUGGCGGCGGCGGCGGCGCGGAGGGGAGCGCGGCGGAGGCGGCGGCCGGCGGGGCUGCGGCGGCGACCGGCGGCGCCCCCGGGGGCGGGCGGGAGCUGGAGAUGCACACCAUCAGCUCCAAGGUGUUCGGAGACAUCCUGGACUUCGCCUACACGUCGCGCAUCGUGGUGCGGCUGGAGAGCUUCCCGGAGCUCAUGACGGCCGCCAAAUUCCUGCUGAUGCGCUCCGUGAUCGACAUCUGCCAGGAGGUCAUCAAGCAGUCCAACGUGCAGCUCCUCGUGCCCCCCGCACGCCCUGACAUCAUGCUGUUCCGUCCGGGUGCCGCUGACCUCGGCUUCCCUCUUGACAUGACCAACGGUGCCACUUUGGCACCCAAUGGCAACGGCAUUGCUGGCAUGCCUGAAGAUGAGGCCACGCGGGCUGCGCUCAGCGCUGCGCAGUCCUCCCUACCUGUCCUGCAGGGUGUGGACCGCCUGCCCAUGGUGGCAGGACCUCUGUCCCCACCGCUGCUGGCCUCACCCUUCCAGAAUGUUGCUGCUAGUGGCCCCACUUUAAGCACCAAGAGGGGCAGAGGGCGUCCCCGUAAAGCCAAUCUCUUGGACUCCAUGAUGUUUGGUAGCCCAGGGGGCCUACGAGAGGCUGGUAUCCUGCCUUGUGGUCUCUGUGGGAAAGUAUUCACAGAUGCUAAUCGUCUUCGGCAGCACGAGGCUCAACAUGGGGUGACAAGCUUACAGCUGGGCUAUAUAGACAUCCCACCCCCACGACUGGGUGAAAAUGGUGUUCCUGGUCAGGAUGACCCUGACGCGCCUCGAAAAAGAAGCAGGACGAGGAAACAGGUGGCAUGUGAGAUCUGUGGCAAGAUUUUUCGGGACGUGUACCACCUGAAUCGGCACAAGCUGUCACACUCUGGCGAGAAGCCUUACUCUUGUCCGGUGUGUGGCUUGCGGUUCAAGCGAAAAGACAGGAUGUCCUAUCAUGUUCGAUCGCAUGAUGGCUCUGUGGGAAAGCCCUACAUCUGCCAGAGCUGUGGAAAAGGCUUUUCCAGGCCAGACCACUUGAAUGGACACAUCAAACAGGUGCAUACCUCAGAGAGACCUCACAAGUGUCAGCAGGAAAAUGGCAGCCACCAUGGAAUAAGCUCAGAGACAUCCACAUCCAUAGAAAAGUUGAAACUUCAAGAGACUUGUAAUGCUUCCUUUGCCACUCGUGACCGGCUGCGCUCACACCUGGCCUGUCACGAAGACAAAGUCCCGUGCCAGGUGUGUGGGAAGUACUUGAGAGCAGCAUAUAUGGCAGAUCACUUGAAGAAGCACAGUGAAGGACCAAGCAACUUCUGCACUAUCUGUAACCGAGGUUUCUCCUCUGCCUCCUACUUAAAGGUCCAUGUUAAAACCCACCACGGUGUUCCCCUUCCCCAGGUCUCCAGGCACCAGGAGUCCAUCCCGAAUGGGGGAGCAGCGUUCCACUGCGUCAGGACCUAUGGCAUCAAAGAAGGCCAGAAAUGUUCACAUUCGGACCCGAUUGAGAGUUCUGAUUCAUAUGGAGACCUCUCUGACACCAGUGACCUCAAGACUCCUGAGAAACAGAGCACCAAUGGGUCCUUCUCGUGUGACCUGGCAGUCAGCAAAAACAAAAUGGAGAUGGAAGGAGAGAAGAAGUACCCGUGCCCCGAAUGCGGCAGCUUUUUCAGAUCAAAGUCUUAUCUGAACAAACACAUACAGAAAGUGCACGUCAGAGCCCUUGGUGGCCCACUGGGGGACCUGGGUCCUGCUCUGGGAUCCCCCUUCUCACCCCAACAGAACAUGUCUCUUCUGGAGUCGUUUGGGUUUCAGAUCGUCCAGUCAGCAUUUGCAUCAUCCCUAGUGGAUCCAGAGGUCGACCAGCAACCAAUGGGGCCAGAGGGGAAAUGA